UAUCCAAUCGGUUGUUCCUGUCCGGUCUUGUCUUGACCCAAUGCUCACGCCUUUUAACAUAUGGACCUCACAUUCUACAAACGGACUAAAGCCCAAUUUCUAAAUUGUUUCUUCAAUUAUUAUGACGAAUCUAAAAUGAAGCAUCCAAAACCCAUGAUUUCGCCAGCUUCCCCGCUCUUGGCUUCCAAUUCAACAAAUUGCAGUUCUUCCAUAUACAUCGUCGCUCGGCAGUUAUUUUAUUGCUUAGGCAAAAUAAAAUUUCAUGUAGAGAUGCUGGAGCAGCUGGAUUGUAGAAAUGGUGGGUGAAGAGAAAGAAAGCAAUGGAUUUGGUGGUAGCAGCUGUAUAAGACUUAUGGUAAACAAUAGUCAGGCAAUGAAGUCUGCCAGUGCUUCUGGCAUUGAAAUUGCAAAUGCUAGUGGGAGAUCUGCAGACGCUUCUGGAAAUUGUUUAAGAACCUACAAGAGACGAAAGGGCUUAAAAGCAGAAGGAAAGGCUUCAGUGGAUUUAGCUGAUCAAGUUGGUCUUAAGCCAGUGGACAGGAAUUCUCAUUCACAAACUAGUGUUGCUCAGGGGGGAUCAAAUGACCAUUUGAAUGAGCCCAUUAAUCUCUCUAAAAUCAGAUUGAGGAAUGUUGUUCUAGAGCAGAUUUACCUAUCAUUGGAGAGUGAAAGUGGUUUGAAAAAAUGCAUAAGAGAGGCUUUAGUUUCACAUGCUGACACUGAAUGUGCAACUUCAGUCAAGGAAUCCGUUAAUUGCUGCAAUGAUGACACAAAGUGCACUCUUCCAUCAAACUCGAUGACUUCUGAUGUCCUGGCUAAUGGGAAUGUGGACAUGCCAUCCACUGGAUUAGUAAAGGGACCAGAUCAUUGCACAACUAGUCAGCUCUGCCAGCGCUUGUUUUCAGAUAUUAUCUUAUCCGAAGAUUUUUCUCAAUUAUGCCACAUGAUUUUUGAGAACUUUGAAGGAACAAAGGCUGAUAAGUUUCUCCAUAUUGGCACUAUGCAUUCAAAGAUGAAAGAUGGACUGUAUGAAGAUUCUCCCAUGUCAUUUUACUCUGAUAUUCAAGAGAUGUGGUCAAGGCUUCAUAAGGUUGGAAGUGAAUUACUAGCUAUUUCAAGGAGUCUUUCAAACAAAUCUACCUUUUGUUUCCGGUCUCAGUUUGUUACAGAGGAACUUGGCACGAAUUGCCAAGCAGACAGUCUGAAGCCAAGGACCUGCAAGCAAUGUGGAGAGACUGCACAUGGAACCGAUUCCUUAGUUUGUGAUACAUGCGAGCAGAUAUACCAUGUUUCCUGCAUCCACCCUGUUGUUAAAGAAAUCCCAUAUGCAAAGAACUGGUAUUGCGCCAAGUGUACCAAAAAGGAUAUUGAACACGCCAACUGUGUAGUUUGUGAAAGACUCAGUGCCUCUAAAGAAGAACCCCAUGACGAUGAGCUUAUGAAAUUAGAAAAGCAGAUUGAGAUGGAGAGCUCAAAUGGCUUAAUGGACGACGACAAUGACAACGAACAUGUUCAAUAUUUUGACGAAGAGCCCAUAUGCAAUGUCUGUAAAACAGAGGCAAAGCAUGGUGGUGAGAGCUUAAAAAUGUGUAGUCACAAAUUCUGCCCUCACAAAUUUUACCAUGAGAGAUGCCUGAGUUGGGAGGAGUUGUGUUAUCAUGGUCCCAUAUGGUAUUGUCCGUCUUGUCUUUGUAGAAGAUGUCGCAAAGAUUGUGAUGACACCGAAAUUGUUCUGUGUGAUGGAUGUGACCAUGCAUACCAUAUGUACUGCAUGAGACCCCCAAAGUCUUCGGUUCCAACUGGAAAAUGGUUCUGUGAAAAAUGUGAAGCUGGUAUACAGCGCAUAUCCAAGGUGAAAAGGUCAUAUGAGAAAAUUGCAAAGAGAUUGAAAGAGAGAGAUCAGGCGUGUGGAGUGUUACACAAGGAAAAAGGUAACGGUGAGGCUUUAUAUAAGUCUGGCGGUGGUGGUGUAGACAUGCUACUCAAUGCUGCUAAAACUCUUAACUAUGAGGAGAAUUUGGCUGUCACCGGGGAAGAAGGUUGACAGAAGCCAGUUAGUUUCGGCUAAACAAAGACUGGUGUUUUUGGAACAUUGUAAACUGGGCACAUGGUGCUUUCUUUGUAUUAGGGGGUAUAUAUGCAUACAAGGGAAAUCAGACCUGUACUACUACUACUAAUAGCUCAAGUUUUAACUUGUAGCCUUCAUUUUUUUUGUACCAUGCAAAUUGAUUGUAUAACUGACCGACUGACUGAGCCAGGCUCUAGCAAACCAUCCUUGAAUUGGUUCAGGUUUCAUGUUCUGUAUUCUUUUUGGUAAUGAAAUAACUGAUGAUUGUGACUUGUGCUUGAGAACACAGUUUUGAAGUUGAAGUCUAGUGCAGAAUUGCAAUUUAAGGUUGAUCAUGAUAUGUCCCCUCCCCACAAAACAAAUGCUGGCUAGGUUGAAAUGAAAGAUUAUUUGGCA